GUGGCGGCUGUGGCAGUAGCGGCAGCGGCGGCGGCGGCGACGCGUCCGGGCAGGGCUGAGCCUCCCGCUGUCCAGCACGCCUGGGAUGGGUAAUGGUGUGCAGGAAGGUCCAGUGCGCCUGCGAGAAGAUGCCGAAGCCGUCCUGGCUGGGGCCGUCUCCUCAAAGAGAGACCACAGGCAAGUGCUCAGCUCCCUGCUGUCUGGAGCCCUGGCCGGUGCACUCGCCAAGACAGCAGUAGCCCCCCUGGACCGGACCAAGAUCAUCUUCCAAGUGUCUUCAAAAAGAUUUUCUGCCAAGGAGGCCUUCCGGCUCCUCUACUUCACCUACCUCAACGAGGGCUUCCUCAGCCUAUGGCGUGGGAACUCGGCCACCAUGGUGCGAGUGAUUCCUUAUGCAGCCAUCCAGUUCAGCGCACACGAGGAAUACAAGCGCAUCCUGGGCCACUACUAUGGCUUUUGUGGAGAAGCCCUGCCCCCAUGGCCACGCCUCCUGGCUGGCGCCUUGGCAGGAACCACGGCGGCUUCCCUCACGUACCCUCUGGACCUGGUCAGAGCGAGGAUGGCUGUGACGCCCAAGGAGAUGUACAGCAACAUCUUUCAUGUCUUCGUCCGCAUCUCGAGAGAGGAAGGACUGAAGACCCUCUAUUUCGGGUUCACACCCACUGUGCUGGGUGUCAUUCCCUAUGCAGGACUCAGCUUCUUUACGUACGAGUCACUGAAGAGCCUGCACCGAGAGUACAGUGGCCGCCCGCAGCCCUACCCCUUUGAGCGCAUGGUCUUCGGGGCCUGUGCUGGCCUUAUCGGGCAGUCGGCCUCCUACCCUCUGGACGUGGUGCGGCGGCGCAUGCAGACAGCAGGUGUCACAGGCCACCAGCACGGCUCCAUCCUGAGCACGCUACGCUCCAUUGUACGUGAGGAGGGCGCAGUGCGGGGCCUCUACAAGGGCCUGAGCAUGAACUGGCUGAAGGGCCCGAUUGCCGUGGGAAUCAGCUUCACUACUUUUGACCUCAUGCAGAUCCUGCUGCACCGGCUGCAGAGCUAGGCUAACACAACAGUGGAUGGUGAGCUGUCAGAUCAAGGGUGUGCAGCUGUGUGCUGGCAGCCCUGUGGGACCUUGAGAAUGGGCAGGAGGGUGGGACCUGGCUUGGGGCUGUGGGGCCCAUAGCGAAGUGCUGGCCCUCAGGGUGUGACUUUGUGAUGAUGGAUCUUGGCUGUCCCCUCCCUUCAGUUCCUUGCUAGUGGCUGGUGAGUCUCCUGAGGCAUUACCCAAAGGCCCCAAUGGGUCCGUUGCACUUCCUGGCCCUGUGUCCUCUGACCUGCUGCUGAUUCUAGUGCCCAUUGGCACACUGGGCUCAGAGCCCAUCCCUUCUUGCAAUGACUGUGCCUGGCCUGCAGAUGUGAUGGCUAUUCCUUUAAAGUCACACACUGGAGGGUCACAGCUUGCUCAGUGGUGGUUGUACCUGUGUCCCCCAGACCUCCACCAUGCCCAUCCAUCCUCUCCCAGGUGACACAUGGCUGCUCUUGCUCACAUAGCUUUCUCCCCAGAGCACUGUGCCCAUCCCAUUCCCAAGGGCUGCACCUGACCCUUGCUGACUACCUGGCUUGUAACCUUUCCAGGAGGCCCUAUGGCCACCAGGCCGGGGGGGGGGGUCAAGUUUAGACCCCACUGGAGACACCCAUGUGGAUGUCUCCCAAAGCACACCAAUCAGGCUGUAUGCAGGCCCAAAGCCUUGCAUAUGCACAGCGCUCAUGGAGGUGGGGCUUAAGCUCUUGAAACUGCCUUCUGUGGGCCCAGUACCCACUGGGGCUGUCAUUCAGCCAAGCUACAUGAAGCCCCAAGAUGGGUGGCUUUUCCUGUGUGAAUGAGUACAGACGUAUCCAUGGCCUGGGGAGUAGGGAAAGGCCAGGGUAUCCAGGGACCACCAGCCAGCUGACUCAAGGAGAACCCCCUGGGGUUCCCUAGGUGUCACCGGAACCAUUGCCUUUCCUGGUAUCUGGGGUUCUUGAUUUAGGGUCUUUGAGACAGUCCUAGCCAGAAGCCCUGGCUAUCCUGUUCCUCAGUGUUAUUUGGGCUAGCCUCUAACUUACAGCGGUCCUCCUGCCUCUAGUUUCUAGUUUUCAACUUCUCCUGCCCAAGGUCUGCACAUAAAACCCCUCCCCUGUGCAAUGUGGCUCUGGCUGAGAGGUGGUUGUUGAUCCUUACAGCUGAUGGCAGCCGGGUCACAUGCAGGACCUGAGCAGGGUGGCAUUGGCAGUUCUUGCUGCAGUCUGUGCUCACUCUGUAUUUCUUACCUUGUGCCUGUGAUGCUCAGCCAUCUCUGCCUCCGUGAUGUUGAUGGGCUACCCCACCAUGUCCCAGGCAUCCCGGCAGCCUCUGGUGGCUGAGAGGCACUGUCCUCUUGUGAGUGUACCACCCACUCUGUUCUCUGCCUGGCCCCAUAUUGGGAUGGAGAGGCUGGAGGUGACUGAGGCUCCUGGGCCUCCCCAGCAGGUAGUACCAUGUAGAUGGUUGGCUCGAGCCCUGCAUCGGGCAACUGGCUGGGCAGAAGUGAGGGUGGCAUGGGUCCCUGAUCUUGCUUCCCCAUAUACUCCUCAGUAGCUCUGGCUUGGGGGCUCUCUGCCUCUGUGGCUGCCCUCCUCCAUGGUCACUGUCUAGUCUGGAGUUCUAUUUUGAUGCCAUGAAGACACUUUGUUUAUAUAUAAUGUUUAUAUAUUUUGAAGAUUGUGCCAACAGAGUAUAUUUAAUAAAAAUUU